AUGGGCCCUAUACGUCCGGUGUUCAGCUUUGCCACGAAGUCAGCAGGAAGCCCUGAGCUAGAUUUCGUGCGCCGCCAUGAGCUCAACGUCAAGCCGAAAACGCCUGUCGCUGCAAAUCUCGAGCCAGACAGGUCAGCCCCAAAUUCAGGUCAGCCCAGAAGAUUUCGAAGCCUACAAGCAAUCUACUUAAAGCCACUCAAACGACAAGCACCGCAUGGUGUCAGAACGUGUGAUCUACAGUUGCGAUCAUACAGCGUCCGCAAUGUCGAGUUCUUUGCGGACUUUGCUCUACGAGUGGCGUAUUAUCUAGGGUUGCCUGCUUCAGGACCUGUUCCCUUACCGAGAAUUGUUGAGCGGUGGACGGUACCGCGCAGCAAUUUCAUUUUCAAAAAGAGUCAGGAGAAUUUCGAACGGAUCACCUUGCGGCGACUAAUCCAGAUCAAAGACGGCCAACCCGAGGUUAUGGAAUUGUGGCUGGCGUACUUGAGGAAACACCAGUACUAUGGGGUAGGGAUGAAGGCUAAUGUAUGGCAAUUCGAUUCGUUGGGUAUGUCUACUCUGACUGUGACCGCACAUCCUAGCGACGAUGCUGACCAGCUCAGGGAUUGGUCAGGCUAUGGGUGA